GAUCCAAUGGCGACCCCAGAGGCCAGCGGCAGCGGCAGGAAUGGCCAGGGCUCCGACCCCGCCGUCACCUACUACCGGCUGGAGGAGGUGGCGAAGCGAAAUACCGCGGAGGAGACGUGGAUGGUGAUCCACGGGCGAGUCUACGAUAUCACCCGCUUCCUCAGCGAGCAUCCUGGUGGAGAAGAGGUUCUACUGGAACAAGCUGGUGCCGAUGCAACUGAAAGCUUUGAAGAUGUCGGCCACUCCCCUGAUGCCAGGGAGAUGCUAAAGCAGUACUACAUUGGUGAUGUCCAUCCGAAUGACCUUAAACCUAAAGAUGGUGACAAGGACCCUUCAAAAAACAAUUCAUGCCAAAGUUCCUGGGCAUAUUGGAUUGUCCCCAUCGUGGGUGCUAUUCUUAUAGGUUUCCUGUAUCGUCACUUCUGGGCUGACAGCAAAUCCUCCUGAGGAGGCCACGUUGAAGUGUCGGAGCACAUCUCCUGGGAGUGAGAGGUGGAGACUUGUGUGGAGGCUGCAGGGUGCUCCUUCCUUGGAUCCUGCCAGUUGUUUUCUUUCCCCUUGGAGCCAAGAUGGUUGACCAGAUAUCUAUCCUCCUUCAAUGCAGGACCAGAAUCUGUCCAUCAGCCUGAGCCUGACGCCCAAAGCACCUGCUCACGUUGUGUCCUUGUCAGGGUUUCUUCUCACUGGUUCCCACUCAUUCCCUUCAUUUCAACAGUUGAUGCCAAUGACUUAGAGUUCCUUUGUUGUAGUGACAUGGCCUUUGGGGACAGUACAUGAUUUCUGAUACUUUGAAUUCACAGUAGACAUAGUUAAGGGAACAGCGGUCUAGUUUUGAGUCUUUCCCCAUUUUUCUUUUAAGUAAAUUUUUUUAAUUCUGAUUUAAUUUUGUCAUUCAUGAUGAUAAGGGAUUUAAUUCAUGAAGUUGUGUAGCUCUUGUUUCAAACACAGCUGCCAAAUGAUCUUACUUAUGAUUGUUAGAAGUAAGGAGCCAGCAAAAUGGCUCACUGGAUAAAAGCAAUUGCAGAAAAACCAAUGACCUGUGUUUGAGUCCCUGUACCCACAGGGUAGAAGGAAGAGAACCAGUUCCCAAAAGUUGUCCUCUGACUUCCACAUGUGUGCUGUGGUCUUUGUGUACACACACACACACACACACACACACACACACACACCCCAGAUGUAAAUUUUAAAAAUAGAAUACAACAGUGGUUGUCUUCCUCCCAGAUAGUGUAGCUGAUGGCCCCUCCUGUCUUUUUUCCCAUGAGUAUGUCACCAAACUGUGCAUCCCUUUGAUUUUUUAGGGGUAUAAGAGCUGAAGAAGGGCCAACUUGAGAAUAAUCUCAUUUACAAAAAGAACCAAACACUACUUAUAGGCUAGCAGUCUAAAAAGUGACUGGCAUGCACUCUCUGGUCUGCCCUUGGUCCCUGACCGUCUUCCGUCCUGGCUGUCUUUACUGGUGGAAGUUGAAGGUGUGGGUAUCCAUGGGACUUCUGUCCGGUCCGGUCCGCGGGGCUUCACAAGAGGCUUGCUGCUUUUCUGUUUACUGAUUAGCAAGUUUCUGUUUCCCUGUUUGAAAGUAAGAGACUCAAGUUUGAUCUUCCGUUUCUCUCAGUAAAUAACUCACAUGUAAAUGUCAUUGUCCACACACCAUUUCUGAUCGGGAGACCAUGCCAAGAGACUUCUGUUUUCAUUUGGGCUCUACCUCCAUGGCUCCAGGUUGGUGAUUUUGUCCUACUUUUGAGGAUAAUGAUAAAUCUGGAAGCUUUUUUCCCCCUUGGAUAUGAAUUUCAUUGGAAAGUAGGCAGUCAUUUAAAAUUCCUUUUCUUACUGGUCCAGGCAUUUUCCUGGCAUCUCUGACUGUAUUCUCUCUCCCUGUGGCAGUGCCCGACAGUACCCAGCUGUUUCUUAGUUUCUAUGAUUUUCCUUCACAUGUUUGGUCAUUGCUAGUCAGCUUCUGAGCUGGUGUCACAUCCAGUAGGAAGCCAUGGAAUCCCAGCGGGACCAGAGAUAUUGGGAAGUGUCCUCCUGCUUCCCUUCUACCCUGCCAGGGGCUUGACAAGACAGGACACUACACAGUACACCAGUCUGCCCAAGCAAACUGUUUUAAAAAAAGUUCAGCCCAGGACUUUUAUCCUGUGAUUUUAGCAGUUGAAUGAAUUCAGAAGUCAUCAAAAUAACAUUAGCCUUUUCCUUGCAUACUUGGAUAUGAUAUUUUAGAGUGAUUUCUAGGUGACUUUUAUACAUCGAAGAUGAAGGCUUAACCUUUCAUUUUUAGAACGUCUGUAAUACUGUGUCACUUAUUGACAGCGUUGUCACUCUGUAACAGCAGUGGCAUGCCCAGCGCACCUCCACUUAAAGGCAGGGAAGGCUUGUGUGCAGGGAGGCUGGGAUCCACUUUUGAGGAUAGCCAAGUCACAUGGAGUAUAUGGAGUAUGCUGGGUAAGAGGAAAGGACGAGAGUGUGGGAUGGGGGCGUUCCAGCCAAUACCAAACCUGAUGGUGUGCCUAGUGAAAACACCUGGCAUAGGAAAUUAGGUAAAGAACUACAUUUUUGGCUGGGCAUGUUGAUGCACACCUUUAAUCCCAGUAUAAGAGAAGCAGGGGCUGGAAAAUCUCUUGAGUUAUUGCCAGCCUGCUCUACAUAGCAAGUUCUAGGACAGUCAGGGCUACAUGGAGAGACCAUGUCACAACCACUCCACCAAAUAAAAGAACUGUAUUUUCAAGUAAAA